ACAGUCCCUCCGCCUCCAUCCACGGUUCCAGCCACUGGGAAGGUUGUCAGAAGAGCCGUUGCGCUUCUGCUAGCCGAGGCUAGGAUCUGCCCUCCGGGAAAAUGGCCCAGGUUCAGAACGGUGGACUCUCAUCGCCCCAGGAACUGUUUGAAGGCAUCACGGCGCAAGGGGAAGUGGUCAGAUCGCUGAAGGGAGGAAAAGCCCCCAAGGAUGAAAUUGACUCCGCCGUCAAACUGUUACUGGCGUUAAAAACCAAAUACAAAGCAGCCACUGGCCAGGAGUACAAGGCCGACUCCCCUCCUGCGAAUUCUACCCCUGCGAGCGUGGACAGCUCUCAGGCCGCAGAAGGUGAAGAGGAUUUUGUGGACCCGUGGACUGUGCAGACGAGCAACGCGAAAGGUGUCGACUAUGACAAACUGAUAGUUCGGUUUGGAAGCAGUAAAAUUGACAAGGAGCUGAUAGACCGACUAGAGAGAGUCACCGGGCAUAAACCACACCACUUCCUACGCCGAGGCAUCUUUUUCUCUCACAGAGACAUGAACCAAGUUCUCGACGCCUAUGAAAAUAAGAAACCGUUUUAUCUCUACACGGGUAGGGGGCCCUCUUCUGAAGCGAUGCAUUUAGGCCAUCUCAUCCCGUUCAUUUUUACAAAGUGGCUACAGGACGUAUUCAAUGUCCCCCUGGUUAUCCAGAUGACGGAUGAUGAGAAAUACCUCUGGAAAGAUCUGACGCUUGAGCAAGCAUAUGGCUAUGCUGUUGAAAAUGCCAAGGAUAUCAUAGCCUGUGGUUUUGACAUCAAGAAAACAUUCAUCUUUUCUGACCUAGACUAUAUGGGAAUGAGCCCAGGUUUCUACAAGAAUGUGGUGAAGAUCCAGAAGCAUGUCACGUUCAACCAGGUGAAGGGGAUCUUUGGCUUCACUGACAGUGACUGCAUCGGAAAGAUCAGUUUUCCCGCCAUCCAAGCUGCCCCAUCCUUCAGCAACUCGUUUCCACAGAUAUUCAAAGAUAAGAAGGAUGUCCAGUGUCUCAUCCCUUGUGCCAUCGAUCAGGAUCCGUAUUUCAGAAUGACGCGAGACGUGGCCCCGAGGAUUGGUUAUCCCAAACCCGCCCUGCUCCAUUCCACAUUCUUCCCCGCUCUCCAAGGGGCUCAGACCAAAAUGAGUGCCAGCGACCCCAACUCUUCCAUCUUCCUUACGGAUUCAGCCAAGCAGAUCAAGAACAAGGUGAACAAGCACGCGUUCUCUGGAGGGAAGGAUACCGUAGAGGAACACAGGCAGUUUGGGGGCAACUGUGAUGUGGAUGUGUCUUUCAUGUACCUCACCUUCUUCUUGGAAGAUGACGACAAACUCGAGCAGAUCAAGCAGGAUUAUACAAGUGGAGCCCUACUCACUGGAGACCUCAAGAAGACACUGAUUGAAAUUCUGCAACCCCUGGUAGCAGAUCACCAGCAAAGGCGCAAAGAGGUUACAGAUGACAUAGUCAAAGAGUUUAUGACGCCAAGGAAACUCACAUUUGACUUCCAGUAAUGUCUCUUUUAUAUACCUAUAGACAGAUAUAUAUGUGGUGUACCGUUUAUCAAUAAAUAUAAUCCAGCCUGA